UUUUUUUAUAUAUACAAAUAUUGUUCAGACUUUUAUAUAAAUAAUCAUGUCAAAUUCUUCACCACCAGACUCACCUCAUCCAACCCAAAAAAGGAAGCAUCUCCGUCCACCAUCUGUUGUCGUUGAAACUUUAGGUGCAACUACUUCAGAGACAAAAGAAGGCCUACGUAAAAUUAAUAAUUACUUACUAAAAAAAGAAAUUGGUCGAGGUGCUUUUGGUACAGUUCAUCUUGGUAUAGAUGAAAAUACAAAUACAGAAUAUGCUAUUAAAGAAUUUAGUAAAUCAAGAUUAAGAAAAAAAGAGCAAAUGGAUUUAUUUCGUAAUGGAAGAGGUCGUGGACGAAUGAUGAUGGGUGUUAAUAGACGUCCAAAGGUAUCUGAUAAUCCAUUAGAUUUGGUACGUGGUGAAGUGGCAGUUUUAAAAAAAUUAAACCAUCCAAAUAUUGUUCGUUUAUAUGAAGUAUUAGAUGAUCCAUCAAGUGAUUCGCUUUAUAUGGUAUUUGAAAUGAUGCAUAAAGGAACAUUGAUGAACAUUGAAAUGGGUAAAGUAGCUAAGCCAUAUUCAAAUGAAGAAGCAAGAAGAUAUUUUAAAGAAAUAAUGCUGGGUAUUGAAUACUUACAUGCUAAUGAUAUUGUGCACAGAGAUAUUAAACCAGACAAUUUGUUAUUGUCAAAGGAUGAUGUGUUAAAGAUUGUUGAUUUUGGUGUCUCUGAAAUGUUUGUUAAAGGAAAUGACAAGUUAAAGAAAUCAGCUGGAAGCCCUGCUUUUAUGGCACCUGAAUUAUGUAUUGCAAGACAUGGUGAAGUGUCAGGUAAAGCGACUGAUAUAUGGUCUAUGGGAGUUACAUUAUAUUGCAUGAUCUUUGGUAAAACACCCUUUGUAAGCGAAAAUUUUUUAGAAUUAUAUGAAAUGAUUAAAGAAGCUCCCAUAAAGUAUGACUGUCAUAAAAUAAUAGAUGAAAACUUGAUGGAUUUAUUUCAUAGAAUACUAGAUAGAAAUCCAGAUACCCGUAUUACAAUGAAGGAGCUUCGUGAACAUCCUUGGAUUACAAAUAAUGGUACAGAAACCCUGAUAUCUGAAGAAGAUAACUGUGAUAUUGUAUCUGAUGUUACUGAAGAAGAAGUUAACAAUGCUAUUAAAAGCAUUGCAAGUAUUUUUGCAGUGAUGAAAGCUGUGACUAAAUUUAAACGUCAUUCUCGUUCUUUGUCUCAAAAAUCAUUAAACAAAAUGAUAGAAGAAGUGCAAAAAGAGGAUAGUCUUGCUAAAGCAACGCAAGAGAUGCAUAUUUGAUUUACCCAAUGAUCAUCAUUAUUAGAACUUAAUAAAUACACAUAUAUUUAUUUUCUUACCCAAAAGACCUGCAUUUAAUGAAAUUUAAGUUGAGCUUUAAAUAACCACCAUCCAGGGCCAUACUUCCAUACAAAAAAAAACAACUAACG